GUAAUAGUAUUUUAGGAAAAAACACGAUGCUGGGAAGGUGUAGAUUGUCGCUUAUAUUUUUUUCACUUUUCGUGUGCCUAAAUGCUGCGAAACUUGAGAAAGGAUGGGAGGAUGUUUUCGGGAACAACCCUUCAUCCACCCUUCCAGUUCACAAGGUCGGCAACAAAAAUUACGUCGUUGUUACUAAUACCAGGCUAAACUUCUUACAAGCCAUGGAUUUUUGUGAAAAUCUACACAUGAACUUGGUAACCAUCGAGUCUGCAGAGGAAAACAAAGCCGUUGAAAAAUUAGUUGCUGAAGCAAAUGGCGGUAACGAAUACUGGACUGCUGGUACAAGAUUGCUCGAUGGUAAAACUUGGGUAUGGUUUACCACUGGAGAUGUUAUCCAAUAUUCUGCUUGGAAUCCUGGUGAACCAAGCGGAGGAAACGAAUAUUGCCUUAUGACUAUAAAAUCAAAUAAUGGUUUAGUGUGGAAUGAUGUCAAAUGCGACAUUGAAUAUCCAUUUAUUUGUGAAAGGCCUCUCGAUGAAAAACGGGAAGAUUUAUUUGCCAAUGAAGAAAAAGAUUGGAAGAAUAUCUUAAAUGUUCACACAAAUGAACCAAAUUUGGAUCUUUUACAUGUUAACGGCAAGGAAUUCUAUAUAUCUCAGGAGUACAGAGGAAAUUAUUAUGAAGCAUUAGAUUAUUGCAAAGUUCAUAAUAUGAGACUAGCAUCUAUCGAUUCUAAAGAAGAAAAUGACAGAUUGUACAAACACAUCAGGGAUAUCAGUGCCGGUACUGAAUUUUGGUCUUCUGGUACACGUUUAUUAGAUGGCAGAAACUGGGUUUGGUUACCUAAAGGUAUGCCUAUUGGUUACACCAACUGGGGCCCUGGUCAACCAGAUAACAACAACGAUCAUUGUAUACGUCUGCAUUUGGAUAAGAAUAAUGGUCUGUUUUGGGAUGACAUUAACUGCAAUAACGUUAACAGAGUAAUCUGUGAGACGUUCGUUGGAGGAAAUGGCGGACAUGGAGGUAAUGUAGGAAACGGAGGAACUGAAGGUAAUGGCAGCAACGAUGGAAAUGCAGGACAUGGUGCUAAUGGAGGAAAUGCAGGUAAUGGAGGAAAUGCAGGUAAUGGAGGAAAUGCAGGUAAUGGAGGAAAUGCAGGUAAUGGAGGAAAUGCAGGUAAUGGAGGAAACACAGGUAAUGAAGGAAAUGCAGGUAAUGGAGGAAAUGCAGGUAAUGGAGGAAAUGCAGGUAAUGGAGGAAAUGCAGGUAAUGGAGGAAACACAGGUAAUGAAGAAAAUGUAGGUAAUGGAGGAAAUGCAGGUAAUGGAGGAAAUGGAGGUAGCACAAGUAAUGGAGGAAAUGGAGGUAACGGAAGCAAUGAAGGAAAUGGAGGUAACGGAAACAACGGAGGAAGUGGAGGACAUGGCGGUAGCGAAGACAAAGACGUUUCAGGAGACGAUUUCUUGAGCAAGCUUGCUCAAACUGUCCCAGGAAAUAUUCCAACUGUUCUUCAGGAAGGAAGAAAAUUCCAUGUAAACAGAGGAUUACGUGUUACACAAUCUCAAGCUAGAGCCUUCUGUGCAUACCAUAAAAUGAAGCUUCCUGAUAUUAAAGAUUUUGAAGAAAAUACCCUUCUCGCCAAACUUCUGCCAUACCCUGUUAUUAAUGGACCUUACUGGAUUGAUGGAGAAAGAGUAAAAGGUAAAUGGAUCUGGAAACAAUCAGACAAACCAAUAGAGUACUUUAACUGGGGUAUCGCUCGUGUAGGCGCUGAAAGUAAGUCUUGUGUUGGACUUACAAACGUAGGAAAAUAUGAAGCAGCAUUUUGCGAUCAAAAGAAACCUUUCAUUUGUGAAUCUGCAAGCGAUGAAAGCAGUACCUCUAAGGAUCAUGGAGAUGCUAUAAUUAACGUGUUCAUGACUAAUAAUUUAAUAAAUGAAAAUGGAAAGGUAACUAAUGCUAAGGAACUUAUUUCCUCCCAGUAUAUUGAAGUCAAGCCAGAAGGUGGUUACCAUAUUACUGUUGACAAUAAUGCAGGAAAAUGCUAAAUUGUGUAAAACUUCUCUAAAUAAAGAAUAUAAAUAGCUA